AUGCCAAUCAGCCGAAAUGCUCAUUCGUAUGCAUCGAAAAAGAUCAAACGGCACAUGCAGGAAAUCCAUCCAAGUUCUACCACGACAAGUGUUAGCAGUGUAGACGGCAACAAUUUUUCGUCUUCUCACUUGCCGUUAGAUCAAUUCAUUGGACUCAAGAUUGGACAAUUUUCCGACAAGGCUUCUACCAUAUUACCGCUCGUGUCGCAUCAUGUCAAAUGCCAAAUUACGUAUCCAGUCGUUCAAGUAGUGUCUACCAUGACAUUCCGAAACGAUCAUUCAAAAACAAUUGAAGGAGAGCUUGUAUUACCAAUGCCAGAAAAUGCCACUGUGGUUGGUUAUGCCAUGGAAAUUGAUGGCACUCUUGUCGAUGCUGUUCCUGUAGAAAAAGAAAAAGCAAAACAAGUAUUUGAAGAUGAAGUGAGAUCCGGAAGAAAUGUGUCCAUUGUAGAGAAAACCUCUCAAGUGAAUUGUUUCAAAACUCGUGUUUAUCCAUUGCCAUAUCAAAAAGAUAAAACAAUUCAAGUGAAAUAUCAAAUCAUGUUAAAUGAAAAUGCCACAACAAAUAUUCAAGCCAAUACCGAGGAAGGACUAAUCAAGAGUUGUGUAUUUAUUCCAAUGAAUUAUUUAAAUUUUGAAAUGUUGAGAGAGGACAGUAAGAUUGAAUUUUCUUUCGACGACUCUUCCUUUCAUGGUUUGGAAGGAGAAGUUUUUUUAGAAACUGCUGAGACAACAAGCAUGAAGAGAGAAAUUUCAAUUCAAACUCAGCAAGAUGGAGAUGAGAAGGAUGAAACCAUGCAUGACAUUACAUUUUCUCAAUUGCUUUGGAGUAAUACUAAAGAAUCUCCAUACAACAAGACACCGUCAUAUCAUUUCGAGCUCAACAAGUCAGAUUUGAAAUCAAACAUGACAGGAUUCACUCUCAAUAUUUCACAAAAAACAGAAUGUACUAGAAAUAUUCUAUUCGCUGUUGAAGACGGAUAUUUUAUGACCAAUAUUCCUGUUCCUGCUCCUCCAAUAGAAAUCCUUUCAAAGGAACACGUAUUGUCACACAGAGGUAAAAAGAUUCAAAUUCUGUGGGACUGUUCGUUGAGUCAAGAAAAGCUACACUCUACCAAUUGUGAUCUCGUGAGAAAAAUUCUUUCCAAAGUAUCACCAUCCUCAAUUAUAUUUACGUGUUUCAGUAAUACAGUAUUGAACACUCUUGAAUUUUCAUAUGGAAAUUAUGGAUCUCUCUCUGAAUUGGAUCAAUUUUUAUCAAACGAACAAGACUUUGUAUAUGAUGGAGGGUCUAAUUUAUUAUUAUUGGAUAAGGGUAUGAUUGAUGAAAAUUGUGACUAUUGCAUUGUUUUUACGAAUGGUGUUCAUACCUUUGGCCCUGAAAUUACUCAUGUCACAACCUUCUCAAAGCCACUAUACAUUGUAAAUACUUCAACUGUGUGCAAUUCACAGUUAUUGAUGAAUAUUGCAACGAAAAGUGGAGGAAUGUUUUUAAAUGCUCUUCAAAUGAAAGAAUCAGAAUUAUUGGUGGCCAUUGGCAAACCAAUUCUUUGUUUUGCCUUUGCAGAUUAUGAAGAGAAUGAAAUUUAUGAAGUAUAUCCCCAUGAACCUACUUGUUUACAAGAAGGACAAUUGUUUAAAUUAUUUGGAAAAUUCAAACCAUCACUCGAUUCGACUUUUGGCAAUUAUGAAAAACAAUUUUCCAAAGCAGUUGUAUCAUUCAGAUAUGGCUCUCAAAUUUAUCACUCUCAAGAAAUACUAUUACCCAUUCCUCAUGGAAAAGACACGACGUCGUCCAAAAACAAAGAAGCCAUUAUUCCAUUAUUAUGGGCACAACAGAAAAUUACAUGUCUUUCAGCCUUUCCUUCGAUAUUUAAAGAAGAAAUUCGACAAGUAGGAUUGCAGUUCAAAAUUGCAACCGAGAAUACAUCUCUCAUUGUUUUGGACACGUUGGAACAAUAUUUGAAACAUGAUAUUGUUCCAUCGGAAGAAACUUUGCCCGAAAUUUUCCAACAAUUCCAUGAACAACGUAAUCGUGAAAAACAACAAGAGGAAGAUCGAGUGAAACAGAAAUUGGAACGAAUGCUUCAUUUAUGGAAACAACGUGUCGAGUGGCACAAAAAGGACAUUGAUCUUCAAGCACUGAAAAAUCCAUUAAAGAGUCGUCAUCGACUCUUUAAUUCAGGAGGAAGAGGAGGACUAGACUUGUCAGACGAAAUUAAUUUGCAACUACCUGAUGUUAAUAAUUGGCAUUUGAGAGAUGGUCACGAGAACCAAAAUGAUAGAGCCAAAGGUUUUGGAGGUAGAGGUGGUGGACGAGGUGGUGGAAGAGGCGGCAGGGGAGGAGGUAGGGGAGGAUCAAGAGGACGAUUCCAAGCAUCCUCUUCCUCGUCCUCCUCGCAAUCUAAUGAAUCAGAGGAGUGGCAAGUGUCAGGUCUUGGCAAUAGUCGAGCUGUUAGAGACACAGAGAAAGAAACUGUAAAGAAACGAAAGAGAAAGUUAAAGAACGAUCAACAGCAUGAGGAAACUGAAAGUUCCAUUCGAGUACAAUCAUGGACUCCCGAUGUGACUUAUUGUCGUGAAAUUUCCAACUCCUCCAAUCCAUAUAAGGAAUAUUUGAAACAGAGAAUUCUCUAUCGUGAAUCUCCUGCAUUCUACUUGGAUGUGGCUGACCUCUUCCUAACCUCUCCUACCUUAUUAAAUGUAGAAUUGGGAGUGAGAAUUCUCUCAAAUAUUGUCGAGUUGGAAUUGGAUAAUAUUCAACUCUAUCGAAUUGUUGGCUAUCGACUCGAUCAAGCGAAUGAAUUGGAAUUGGCCGAAUGGAUCUUUGAAAAGGUUCAAAAAUUAGCUCCUUUUGAACCUCAAUCGUAUCGUGAUUUAGCUCUCAUCAAGGAACGUUUAGGAAAAUAUGAACAAGCGAUGGAAUUAUUCAAUAAGGUCAUGAUUGGAAAAUGGGAUAUGAGAUUUGAUGAAAUUGAAAUGACCGUUGCGACAGAAAUGAAUCAUUUAUUAUUGAAAAAUCCUCAAUUACCAAUCAUUGAUGAGAGAUUUAUUCAUAAUUUUGAGUUGGAUGUUCGAAUUUCAAUGGCAUGGGAUGUUGACGAUGUCGAUAUUGAUCUACAUGUUCAAGAACCAGCUCCGUUUGGUGAACACGUCUUUUUUGGACACAACCGUUCGAAAAUAGGAGGUUAUAUUUCAAGAGAUUUCCGUCAAGGAUACGGUCCCGAAGAAUACAUGAUUAAGAAAGCACAACCUGGUUCAUAUAAGGUCACUACCAAUUAUUUUGCAAAUCAUUCCCAGAAUUUGACAGGUGGCACCACCGUGUUGUGUACAUUCUUUACGAAUUACAUGAGAGACAAUGAGACGAGAAAAAUGGUCACUGUACGAUUGCAAUCGCAACAGCAAGACGUUCAGGUGUGUGAAAUUGAUUUUAAGGAAUGUAAGGAAGAGGACUCGAAGGAGUAUCAAGCUUGGAAGUAG